AACACUACCCAGGAACAAAAAUUGUGUUACAAAGUGUAAUGGGGAGGGGGGGUUCUUCACAGUGGUUCGUGGGCCUGGCUGGUUGGCGUGCACGCGUGUAUCUGGGAAAAGUGUGGCUAAAUUUAUCAAGAGACAUGUGGACGACGAGAGAGGCGGGGUCUUAGGGGCGGGCGGCCGUGCGAGCUGACUCGGCACCCUCGGACCACGCUCGCAUCCAGUGACUCCGGGCUGCGGGGCACGGCACCCAUCCACUCUUACAGCUCCUUCAUGCGGGGAUAGGGGGGUUUCUCUCGCUUUCGCCUUUCAGAUUUCCCUGAUUUGCCUUCCCGUCCUCGGUUUGGUUCCCAAGGGCUGCGCCUUCCGCACGGAGUUUGGAAGACCUGUUUUUUGGAGUGGUUACAUUCGUCAGAUUUGAGUGGUAUCUGCAAACUACCGAGUUGACAGCGCAGUGAGCGCCCGAGCCGAGCACGGACACACGAGGAAGGGGUUUUCGCGACUUGUCCGGAAAGGCCGAGCAGUCUCCUUCCCGCUCUCCGCCUCGCCGCGAGAUGUUCAACCGCAGGGGCGGCGAAGCUCCCCGCUUCGUGUCGCGACCCAAGUCCGCGUCCGUGGCCGCCGGCAGGGACGUCACGCUGAGCUGCUGGGUCGCGGGGGAGCCCAGCCCCGACGUGGCGUGGGAGAAGGACCGCCGGCCCGUGCGCCCGGACGCGCGGCGCAAGCUGUCGGCGGAGGAGCGCGGCGCGCACAGCCUGACGGUGUACGAGGCUCGGGGCGACGACGCCGGCGAGUACACGUGCCGCGCGCGCAACAGCGCCGGAGAGGCGGUCGCGAGCGCCACGCUCGACGUGGACGAGUCAGCGCCGUUCCGGCUCUCGGGGUCGCUCCGGCUGCGCGACCGCGGCGGCUACGGCGGCGGCGGCGGCGGCGGCGUCGCCGCACGGGAGCCCUCCUUCGUGGUGCGUCCGUCCGCUCAGAAGGUGUCCAGGGGGGCCGACGCGACCUUCAGCUGCAGGAUCUUGGGGAGGCCGCCCCCCGCGGUCGCCUGGCAGCGGGACGGCGUGGACGUGGACACGCUGCCCGACGGCCACCGCUUCGCCGCCGAGUUCCGCGACGGCGUGCACUCGCUCACCGUGAGCGCGGCGCGCACCACGGACGCGGGCACCUACUCGUGCCACGCGCGCAACCGCGCCGGGGAGGCCGUCGCCUCCACGGUGCUCAGCGUCUCGCUGGCAGCGCCGCCUUCGGACUCGCUGCACCUUCACAGGUGGAGCGAGGAGGCGAAGUCGCUGCCGCACUCGCACCUGCACACGACACGUGACCACGAGCGCAAGAAGCUGGAGCUGCUGCGGCAGAGCGCCGACGCGCGCCUCGCCCGCCUGAGCCCCUACACGCGGCGCGGGGACGCCCGGCUCCUGGGGGCGCCCCACGUGACCCUGUCGCGGUCGACGUCGCCCACCGCCUCCCCGGACGGAUACCUCUCUCCGUCGAGGAGCGCGCCCUCGUCCCGGACUCAUUCUCCUGUGGCUGGACAUGUCGACGAGUACCACAGCCGCUCCUCCUACAGCUACCGCCUCACCAGGGACUACACCUCCAACUCCUCCUCCACCUCCAGCCUCUACACGGGCUACAGCCCGUCGCGCUCGCCCGUGCGAAUGGAGGAGAACCACGACGACAAGAACUUGACGAAAACCUUCAAGGUGAGGGAGGGCAAGCACGCCCGCCUCAGCUGCUACGUCACGGGGAAGCCCAAGCCCGAAAUCGUGUGGAAGAAGGACGACGAGGUGAUCUCCCCGGGGCGCCGUCACAUGAUCUACGAGGACGACGAGGGCUACUACAUCCUCAAGGUCCUCUUCUGCAAGCAGAGCGACAGGGGGCUGUACACCUGCACGGCCACCAACGUGGUGGGCAAGACGUACAGUCCCGUGCAGCUCAUCGUCAACGAGCCGCUGGUGCCCUUCAAGGAGCGGCUGCGCGACGUGGAGGUGAUGGAGCGGCAGUCGGCGACGCUGCAGUGCGAGGUGCCGGCCGAGUCGGCGCGUGCCAGCUGGUUCAUGGAGGAGACGCCGCUGGCGCCGAAGGCCGACAAGUACGUGAUGGAGGAGGAGGGCACGAUGCGGCGCCUCACCAUCUGCAACGUGACGGCGGACGACGAGGCGGUGUACGUGUGCGAGAUGCCCGAGGGGAGCCGCACCGUCGCCGAGCUCUCCGUGAAAGGUGCCAUUGUCCAGAAGCUUCCCCGACGCACCGAGGUCCGAGAGAAGGAGGUGGCUCACUUCCUGGUGGAGCUGGACCAGGAGGGGGUUGGCGGCCGGUGGCUGAGGAACGGCGAGGAGAUCGACGCGGGAGCCCGGGCAGUGGUUAAGGUGGAUGGGAAGAGUCACUCGCUCACGCUGGCGGGAGUAACCCAGGCGGACGCGGGCGAGGUCAGCUUCGUCUGCGGAGACUCGAAGACGUCGUCACAGCUCAUUGUCACAGCCCCACGCCUGGCUCCACCUGGUGCUCCAACCGACCCCAAGGUGACCUCACAAUCGGAGAACUGGGUCAUGCUGGCCUGGAAACCGGGGCCCAAGAAGGGUAAGGCGGUGGCGGCGGAGGCGGACGAGGCCUUCGUGGUGGAGUACUGCCUCCUGGGGAACUCUGCAUGGGGGCGCUGCCACGACUCGGCCAGCGUGCCCGGCACGGAGUUGCGCGUGGGCAACCUCCCUGAAGAAGGCGACUACCUCUUCCGCAUCUCGGCCAUCAACAAAGCCGGCCGCAGCCUCUGUGUGGAGGUUCCGGGCACCUACUACAUCGUGCCGGAGAGCCGCCUGUCGCUGGCGUCCGUGCCGCGGGACGUGGAGGUGCUCGCCGGCGAGGACGCCGUCUUUGUGGUGGAACUGUCGGGCGGCGCGGCGGGGAGCUGGUCCAUCGAUGGCGAGGCGGUGCGGGCGAGCGAGCGGCACGCAGUGCAGCACACACGGAACACUCACACGCUGAUGAUCCGCGCGGCACGCCCGGGCGAGAGCGGCGCCAGCAUCCAGUUCGUGUCGGAUCCCGUCCGCGCCCAGAUGAAGCUCAUCGUCAAAGAGCCGCCAGCCACGUUCCGCAGACGCCCGGAUGCUCAGACGGAGUGGCACGUGGCCCCCGGGGAGCGGGUGGUGCUGAGCUGCGAGGUGUCCCGAGCGGACGCCGCCGUCACGUGGCUGAGGGACGGGCAGGAGCUGGCGGCAUUGGCCAGUGGCGUGAGGCUGGAGAGCGUGGGGCUGGCGAGGCGCUUGGUCAUCCAGCAGGCCCGGACGAACGACUCCGCGUCCUACAGCUGCCGCACGGACGGGGACUCCGUGGACUUCACGGUCAGCGUCAAGGAGCCCCCGCUGUUGUUCUCGACGCCGCUGACGGACGUGCUGGGCGUGGCGGGCGAGCCUCUGGUGCUGCGCUGCAGGCUGAGCCGGGAGGCGGGCGACGUGGAGUGGAAGAAGGACGGGGUGAAGGUGCGGCCCGGCAAGAGGCACCGCUUCGCGUCUGACGGGGCGGCGCGCACGCUCACCAUCGCUGGCGCGGGGCCGGAGGACGGCGGAGAGUACUCGUGUGAGACGCCCGACGGGGCGACCCGCGCCACCGUCACCGUCCAAGAGCCGCCAGCCACGUUCCGCAGGCGCCCGGACGCCCAGACGGAGUGGCACGUGGCCCCCGGGGAGCGGGUUGUGCUGAGCUGCGAGGUGUCCCGGGCGGACGCCGCCGUCACGUGGCUGAGGGACGGGCAGGAGCUGGCGGCAUCGGCCAGCGGCGUGAGGCUGGAGAGCGUGGGGCUGGCGAGGCGCCUGGUCAUCCAGCAGGCCCGGACAAACGACUCCGCGUCCUACGGCUGCCGCACGGACGUGGACUCCGUGGGCUUCAGCGUCAGCGUCAAGGAGCCCCCGCUGUUGUUCUCGACGCCGCUGACGGACGUGCUGGGCGUGGCGGGCGAGCCUCUGGUGCUGCGCUGCAGGCUGAGCCGGGAGGCGGGCGACGUGGAGUGGAAGAAGGACGGGGUGAAGGUGCGGCCCGGCAAGAGGCACCGCUUCGCGUCUGACGGGGCGGCGCGCACGCUCACCAUCGCUGGCGCGGGGCCGGAGGACGGCGGAGAGUACUCGUGUGAGACGCCCGACGGGGCGACCCGCGCCACCGUCACCGUCCAAGAGCCGCCAGCCACGUUCCGCAGGCGCCCAGACGCCCAGACGGAGUGGCACGUGGCCCCCGGGGAGCGGGUUGUGCUGAGCUGCGAGGUGUCCCGGGCGGACGCCGCCGUCACGUGGCUGAGGGACGGGCAGGAGCUGGCGGCAUCGGCCAGCGGCGUGAGGCUGGAGAGCGUGGGGCUGGCGAGGCGCCUGGUCAUCCAGCAGGCCCGGACGAACGACUCCGCAUCCUACGGCUGCCGCACGGACGCGGACUCCGUGGGCUUCAGCGUCAGCGUCAAGGAGCCCCCGCUGUUGUUCUCGACGCCGCUGACGGACGUGCUGGGCGUGGCGGGCGAGCCUCUGGUGCUGCGCUGCAGGCUGAGCCGGGAGGCGGGCGACGUGGAGUGGAAGAAGGACGGGGUGAAGGUGCGGCCCGGCAAGAGGCACCGCUUCGCGUCUGACGGGGCGGCGCGCACGCUCACCAUCGCUGGCGCGGGGCCGGAGGACGGCGGAGAGUACUCGUGUGAGACGCCCGACGGGGCGACCCGCGCCACCGUCACCGUCCAAGAGCCGCCAGCCACGUUCCGCAGGCGCCCGGAUGCCCAGACGGAGUGGCACGUGGCCCCCGGGGAGCGGGUGGUGCUGAGCUGCGAGGUGUCUCGGGCGGACGCCGCUGUCACGUGGCUGAGGGAUGGGCAGGAGCUGGCGGCGCCGGCCAGCGGCGUGAGGCUGGAGAGCGUAGGGCUGGCGAGGCGCCUGGUCAUCCAGCAGGCCCGGACGACCGACUCCGCGUCCUACACCUGCCGCACGGAUGGGGACUCCGUGGGCUUCAGCGUCAGCAUCAAGGAGCCCCCGCUGCUGUUCUCGGCGCCGCUGAUGGACGUGCGGGGCGUGGCGGGGGAGCCUCUCGUGCUGCGCUGCAGGCUGAGCCGGGAGGCGGGCGACGUGGAGUGGAAGAAGGACGGGGUGAAGGUGCGGCCCGGCAAGAGACACCGCUUCGCGUCUGACGGGGCGGCGCGCACGCUCACCAUCGCUGGCGCGGGGCCGGAGGACGGCGGAGAAUACUCGUGUGAGACGCCCGACGGGGCCACCCGCGCCACCGUCACCGUCCAAGAGCCGCCAGCCACGUUCCGCAGGCGCCCGGACGCCCAGACGGAGUGGCACGUGGCCCCCGGGGAGCGGGUGGUGCUGAGCUGCGAGGUGUCCCGAGCGGACGCCGCCGUCACGUGGCUGAGGGACGGGCAGGAGCUGGCGGCGCUGGCCAGCGGCGUGAGGCUGGAGAGCGUGGGGCUGGCGAGGCGCCUGGUCAUCCAGCAGGCCCGGACGAACGACUCCGCGUCCUACGGCUGCCGCACGGACGGGGACUCCGUGGACUUCAGCGUCAGCGUCAGGGAGCCCCCGCUGCUGUUCUCGGCGCCGCUGACGGACGUGCGGGGCGUGGCGGGCGAGCCUCUGGUGCUGCGCUGCAGGCUGAGCCGGGAGGCGGGCGACGUGGAGUGGAAGAAGGACGGGGUGAAGGUGCGGCCCGGCAAGAGGCACCGCUUCGCGUCUGACGGGGCGGCGCGCACGCUCACCAUCGCUGGCGCGGGGCCGGAGGACGGCGGGGAGUACUCGUGUGAGACGCCCGACGGGGCCACCCGCGCCACCGUCACCGUCCAAGAGCCGCCAGCCACAUUCCGCAGGCGCCUGGACGCCCAGACGGAGUGGCACGUGGCCACCGGGGAGCGGGUGGUACUGAGCUGCGAGGUGUCCCGAGCUGACGCCGCCGUCACGUGGCUGAGGGACGGGCAGGAGCUGGCGGCGCCGGCCAGCGGCGUGAGGCUGGAGAGCGUGGGGCUGGCGAGGCGCCUGGUCAUCCAGCAGGCCCGGACGAACGACUCCGCGUCCUACAGCUGCCGCACGGACGGGGACUCCGUGGGCUUCAGCGUCAGCGUCAAGGAGCCCCCGCUGCUGUUCUCGACGCCGCUGACGGACGUGCGGGGCGUGGCGGGGGAGCCUCUGGUGCUGCGCUGCAGGCUGAGCCGGGAGGCGGGCGACGUGGAGUGGAAGAAGGACGGGGUAAAGGUGCGGCCCGGCAAGAGGCACCGCUUCGCGUCUGACGGGGCGGCGCGCACGCUCACCAUCGCUGGCGCGGGGCCGGAGGACGGCGGAGAGUACUCGUGUGAGACGCCGGACGGGGCCACCCACGCCACCGUCACAGUCCAAGAGAUUGCAACUAAGUUGAGCAAGACGGAGAUGAGCUCACGCACCCCUGAGGACAUCAAGGUCACGACUGAUGCGCCGCGCACGGUCGCCUUCAUCACGGACCUCAAGAGCCUCACGGCGCUGGAGGGCGAGGAGGCGACGUUCAAGUGCUGCGUGUCACCGCCCGACGUCCCCGUCGAGUGGCGGCGCGGGACGACGCCGCUGCUGCCGGGCCCCCGCGUCUUCAUCUCGAGCGAGCCGCCCUGGCACAGCGUGGCCUUCCGGCCCCUCCAGCUGCUCGACUCCGGAGAGAUCAGCGCGCUCGCCGACGGGAGGGUCCGCUCCUCCGCCCGACUGCACGUUCAAGAAGCGACGGUGCGGUUUGUGCGCGGGCUGGAGCCGCUCGCGGUGGAGGAGGGAGCCGACGCGGCGCUGGAGGUGGAGGUCUCCUCCGCCGAGGCCGAGGUGCGCUGGAUGCGCAACGGCGUGGUGCUCAACGCGGACGAGCGCGUGCGCCUCGACGCCCAGGGGCCCCGCCGCUCCCUCCUCAUCGCGGGUGUCCGCGCGGCCGACGGCGGCCUCUACUCCUGCGAGACUCUGCACGACAAGAGCCAGGCCAGGCUGCGCGUGGAGCCCCGUGACGUGCGGGUCAUGCGGGGCCUGCAGCCGGCGACGGCCACGGCCACGGAGGCCGCUACCUUCCAGCUGGAGCUGUCGCACGCCGACGUGGUGGCGCGGUGGUGGCGCGAUCGCACCGAGCUCAAGCCGAGCGCCCGGUGCCGCCCGGCCGUCGCCGGCAAGACUCACACCCUCACGCUGUCGGCGCUGCGCCUCGACGACUCCGGCAUCGUCGCCUUCGAGGCGGAGGGGAUUCGCUCCUCAGCCAGGCUCACUGUCACGGAACCCGCGGUGACGUUCACCAGGCAGCUGCUCGACGUGCGCUGUCCGGAGAAGAGCAGCGCCAGCCUGGAUUGCGAAGUCUCCAAGGCCAAUGCCGAGGUCAAAUGGUUCAAGGACGACGCGGAGCUGAAGCCCGGCAAGAGGCACCGCAUCCUCGCGCAGGGCCGCAAGCGCAGCCUCGUGGUGCCGCGCGCCGAGAUCGGAGACAGCGGCUCGUACUCAUGCCGGGCCGGCGACCACGUCACCGCCGCCACGCUCGCGGUCCACGUGCGCGACGUGCAGUUCGUGCGUCCGCUGGCGAGCAUGGAGGUGCGCGAGAAGGAGGAAGCCGCCUUCACGUGUGAGGUGUCGCACGACGAGGUGGAUGGCUGCUGGCUCCGCGAUGGGAAGCCUCUCCGUGCCGAUCCACGGAUCAAGAUGCGCCGGGAAGCGAGAACUUACACGCUUCUGCUGAGUAACGUAACGACGGACGACGCAGGAGACAUAACAUUCACCGCAGAGAAUGCAGAGUCCACGGCGACGUUGACAAUAAAAGAGCUGCCGGUGCGGUUCGUGAAAGGCCUCCGGGAAAAGGUCGCCAUGGAGGGCCACCGAGUGGUGCUGGAGUGCCAGGUGUCCCGCGCGAACGCCGCCGUGCGGUGGUCGCGCGGUGACGAGGAGGUGAUUCUCGACGACAGGGACACGGGAGACGAGGCGGGAGACGAGGCGCCUCGCAUCCGGGCGGUCGCCGACGGCUGCUACCGGCGGCUCGUCGUGCAAGACGCUCGCUUUUCCGACGAAGGCCGCUACACGUGCGACGCCGCGGACGACAGGACGUCGGCGAGCCUCCUCGUCGAGGAGCCCGAGAUCCGCGUGGUGCGGCCGCUGCGCGACGUGGAGGCGACCGAGCCGGAGGGCGCGACGCUCGAGUGCGAGGUAUCGGCCGAGCGGGUCAAGGCGGUGCGGUGGACGCUGAACGGCGUGGAGCUGAGCGCGGCGUUCCCGGGGCUCGCCGCGGUGGAGCGGGACGGCCGCGUGCAUCGCGUCGUCAUCCCCGUCGCGUGCCCCUCCAUGUCCGGCACCGUCACCUUCCGCGCCGGGAAGGCCUCGACGGCCGCGGUGCUCACGGUCCACGAGGCACCUUUGGAGGUGUCGAGCGGACUUGCGGACACGGAAGUGACGGAAAGAGAGGACGUGACGAUCUCCUGCGCGUUCCAUCGAGCCAACACCACCCCGCUCCCCUCCGUCGCCUGGUUCCACGGCCGCGUUGCCCUGAACCCCUCGAGCAAGCAUCACAUGGUGCAGGAGGCCGGCAGAGCGUGCCUCACGAUCCGCCGAGUGCACCAAGACGACGCGGGGGAGUAUUCGUGCCGGGCCGGCGGGACCAGCACUGCUGCUGUCCUCACCGUGCGAGGUGGGACACCGCGCCACCCGCGCGUGUCGCGCCCGCAGACGUUCACGGAGCGCGGGCGCGACGUGCGAGUGACCCGGGCCAUGGGAGACGUUGACGCGGAGGAGAAGGGCACCGCAGUGUUCCGCUGCGAGCUCUCCCGCGCCGACCUCGUGCCGGGCGAGGCCACGGAGAUCUCGCGGGACGGGCGCUGUCACGUGCUCAAGCUGAGCAACCUCACGACGGAGGACGCUGGCACCGUCACCUUCCGGGCAGAGGGUGCCGAACAGACGGCCCAGUUGCACGUGAAGGAGGAACCCUUGGCAUUCGAGCGGGAACUGGAGGACGUGUUUGGGGAAGAGCAGGGCACGGCUGAGCUGCGGUGCUCGCUGUCACGCGACGCGCCGCCUGGCGUCGGCGUUGAGUGGCGCGGAGGUCGCUUCUCCCGUCCGCUCACGCCGUCCGACAAGUACGAGGUGGUGCACGCCGGGCGCUCGCUGCGCCUGCUGGUGCACGACCUGCGCUGCGAGGACGCGGGCUCCUACUCGUGCCGCGCCGGGGACGCCAGCACGACCGCGACGCUGCACGUGCAAGAAUUGAAGCUGACGAUAACCAGGGAGUUGGAGAGCCAAGAGGUGAUGGAGGAAGAGAGCGCCCUGUUCGUGUGCGAGCUCUCGCACGAGGCCAUCGACGGCUGCCGCUGGCUGCUCAACGGCUCGGAGCUGCUGGCAGGAGGACGGGCAGAGAUCGGUUGCAGGGGGAGGAGCAACACCCUGCUCCUCAAGAACCUCAUACCCGAGGAGAGCGGCGACGUCAGAUUUGUGGCCAGGACUAUCUCCUCGACAGCGAGGCUCACCAUCAAAGUUCUCAAUGUCAAAGGUCAGCUUUCCAAACCGGCUGUGGAUGUCGCUUGGAAAAAGGACUCCACUUUACUCCAGCCCAGCGAUAAAUAUGAGAUAAAGCAGGAAGGAAAAACAGCGAAGCUCAUCAUUCAUGAUGUGGAACCUGGAGAUGCAGGGAAAUAUGACUGUGACACUGGAGAUGAUCACACCUCUGCAGUUCUCAAUGUCAAAGAAUACCUAGAAGAUCAGGAAGCCGAUGAGUUUGGAAGUGCCACUCUUACUUGUCAGCUUUCCAAACCGGCUGUGCAAGUCGCUUGGAAAAAGGACUCCACUUUACUCCAGCCCGGCGAUAAGUAUGAGAUUAAACAGGAAGGAAAAAUAUCGAAGCUCAUCAUUCAUGAUGUGGAACCUGGAGAUGCAGGAAAAUAUGACUGUGACACUGGAUAUGACCACACCUCUGCAGUUCUCAAUGUCAAAGAAGCCCCUGUUAAAAUAUCAGAAGGUCUGGUGGACCAGGAAGCCGAUGAGUUUGGAAGUGCCACUCUUACUUGUCAGCUUUCCAAACCGGCUGUGGAAGUCGCUUGGAAAAAGGACUCCAAUUUACUCCAACCCAGCGAUAAAUAUGAGAUAAAGCAGGAAGGAAAAACAGCGAAGCUCAUCAUUCAUGAUGUGGAACCUGGAGAUGCAGGGAAAUAUGACUGUGACACUGGAGAUGACCACACCUCUGCAGUUCUCAAUGUCAAAGGUCAGCUUUCCAAACCGGCUGUGGAAGUCGCUUGGAAAAAGGACUCCACUUUACUCCAGCCCGGCGAUAAAUAUGAGAUUAAGCAGGAAGGAAAAACAGCGAAGCUCAUCAUUCAUGAUGUGGAACCUGGAGAUGCAGGAAAAUAUGACUGUGACACUGGAUAUGACCACACCUCUGCAGUUCUCAAUGUCAAAGAAGCCCCUGUUAAAAUAUCAGAAGGUCUGGUGGACCAGGAAGCCGAUGAGUUUGGAAGUGCCACUCUUACUUGUCAGCUUUCCAAACCGGCUGUGGAAGUCGCUUGGAAAAAGGACUCCACUUUACUCCAGCCCGGCGAUAAAUAUGAGAUUAAACAGGAAGGAAAAAUAUCGAAGCUCAUCAUUCAUGAUGUGGAACCUGGAGAUGCAGGAAAAUAUGACUGUGACACUGGAUAUGACCACACCUCUGCAGUUCUCAAUGUCAAAGUUUUCAAUGUCAAAGAGGCUCCAGUACUUAUUAAAGAACACCUAGAAGAUCAGGAAGCUGAUGAGUUUGGAAGUGCCACUCUUACUUGUCAGCUUUCCAAACCGGCUGUGGAAGUCGCUUGGAAAAAGGACUCCACUUUACUCCGGCCCAGCGAUAAAUAUGAGAUAAAGCAGGAAGGAAAAACAGCGAAGCUCAUCAUUCAUGAUGUGGAACCUGGAGAUGCAGGGAAAUAUGACUGUGACACUGGAGAUGACCACACCUCUGCAGUUCUCAAUGUCAAAGAAGCUCCAGUACUUAUUAAAGAACACCUAGAAGAUCAGGAAGCUGAUGAGUUUGGAAGUGCCACUCUUACUUGUCAGCUUUCCAAACCGGCUGUGGAUGUCGCUUGGAAAAAGGACUCCACUUUACUCCAGCCCAGCGAUAAAUAUGAGAUAAAGCAGGAAGGAAAAACAGCGAAGCUCAUCAUUCAUGAUGUGGAACCUGGAGAUGCAGGGAAAUAUGACUGUGACACUGGAGAUGAUCACACCUCUGCAGUUCUCAAUGUCAAAGAAGCUCCAGUACUUAUUAAAGAACACCUAGAAGAUCAGGAAGCUGAUGAGUUUGGAAGUGCCACUCUUACUUGUCAGCUUUCCAAACCGGCUGUGGAUGUCGCUUGGAAAAAGGACUCCACUUUACUCCAGCCCAGCGAUAAAUAUGAGAUAAAGCAGGAAGGAAAAACAGCGAAGCUCAUCAUUCAUGAUGUGGAACCUGGAGAUGCAGGGAAAUAUGACUGUGACACUGGAGAUGAUCACACCUCUGCAGUUCUCAAUGUCAAAGUUCUCAAUGUCAAAGGUCAGCUUUCCAAACCGGCUGUGGAUGUCGCUUGGAAAAAGGACUCCACUUUACUCCAGCCCAGCGAUAAAUAUGAGAUAAAGCAGGAAGGAAAAACAGCGAAGCUCAUCAUUCAUGAUGUGGAACCUGGAGAUGCAGGGCAAUAUGGCUGUGACACUAAAGGUGACCACACUUGUGCAGUUCUCAAAGUCAAAGUUCUCAAUGUCAAAGGUCAGGUGAAGCGAAUGGAGAUGUUGAAAUUAGAAAAUAAUAAAUUUUCAUAA